UACCAUCAAACGAUGAGACUUUUUACGACUCGAACUGUGAACACCAAACAAAGCCUAAUAAUAAUUUUGUUUUGUCUUAGUUCAGUCAUCACUCCGCCGGUUGGACGGUUACACUUCGUCCCCGAGGUGUCAUCAUCAAGUCUCUUCUUCUUCUUCUUCUUCUUCUUCUUCUUCUCCUCUCUCUCUCUCUCUCAUCCUCUGAAUUGAAUCAGCUAAACCCUAGAAAAUUUUCCAUCUGAAUUUUCUCUGAGUCGUUGUUCUUGCAAGCCCCUCUUUCCUUCUCUGCUUUUCCUAUCCAACCAGCUCUUCCUGGCACAUCCUAGGGCUUUCAAGCUCACCGGAAACGAGGAAACCACCAAGUGCUCUGUCGCUGCGGAAUUCUCUCACUUCUCCUCCGGAAAAUCACAGUAUUUACAGGUUUUAUCACUUCUUGCUUUUUUGGAGUUACUAUGCUGAAAAACUUCGAGUACUGGUCAAGUUACAGUACUUACUGAAUACAUAUAUAUAGAGAGAGAGACAGAGAGAAGAAGAGAUGGAUGUUGAAACAAUAAAUGUAGAGAAUGUGGGUCGUUAUGUUGAAGUGGAUGAAGGAGAUGCUGAAAUUAAUGAGCAGCUAGUGGCGGGCUCUGAUAAUUGUGUCGAGAAUUUACUAUUGACCCAGGAAGAGGUUGGGAUUGAUGAGCCGCAUCUGGGUAUGGAGUUUGAAUCUGAAGAUGCUGCCAAGACUUUCUACGAUGAAUAUGCAAGGCGUGUGGGUUUUAAUACCCGUAUCGGUCAGUGUAACUGUUCUGAGCUUGAUGGUAAAACUAAUGCUAUAGAGUUUUUAUGUGCAAGGGAGGGCUUGAAAAAGAAAAAUUCUGAAAGCUGCAAUGCCAUGCUAAAGAUUGAAAGAAAGGAUCCGGACAAAUGGCUUGUUAUAAAAUUUGUGAAGGAGCAUAGCCACUCUACUGUGACUCCCAGUAAGGUGCAUUAUCUCCGACCUCGCAGACCCUUUGCUGGUGCUGCAAAGACCAUGGAUCAAUCUUACAGUGAAGAGGGCGAUCAUUCUUAUUCUAAGGCCCGGGCUUCAUCCAAUGUUAGCACACAUGCUUCCAUGGAUGGCAGUCAUUUGUUGGUUGAACAGAAUCGUGCAAAUCCUCGGGCUAAAACUCUUGUUCCCAGACGAACCCAGAAGAAGAAGGCCCUUGGAGAUGCUCAGAAUCUCCUAGACUAUUUUAAGAAGAUGCAAGCUGAGCAUCCGGGCUUUUAUUAUGCAGUGCAACUUGAUUCGAGUAAUUGCCUGACUAAUGUUUUCUGGUCUGAUGCGAGGUCUAGAACAGCUUACAGUCAUUUUGGCGAUGCAGUUACUUUUGAUACAACAUAUAUAAUAAACAACUACGUGGUGCCAUUUGUUUCAUUUACGGGGGUGAACCAUCACGGCCAGAUGGUGUUGUUUGGGUGUGGUCUAGUUGUAGACGAGUUGGAAUCAUCCUAUCUGUGGCUUUUUAGGACUUGGCUCGCUGCAAUGAAUGACCGGCCACCCCUUGCUAUUACAACUGACCAAGAUAAAUUGAUACAGUCAGCUGUUUCUAAGGUGUUUCAUAGUGCUCGUCAUCGUAUCUGCAAGUGGCACAUUUUGAGAGAAGGGCAGAGAAGGUUGGCUCGCGUAUGUAAUACUCAUCCUACUUUUCAAGGAGAUCUAUAUAACUGCAUUAACAUGACUGAGACAAUAGAAGAGUUUGAAUCAUCAUGGAGCUCCAUCAUUGAUAAAUACCAUCUUAUGAAAAAUGAUUGGCUUCAAGGAUUGUACAAUGCUCGCAAACAUUGGGCCCCUGUAUACUUUCGGGAUACCUUUUUUGCUUCAUUUCCUUCAGACCAAGGGAGUGAAGCUGCCCAUUCCUUCUUUGAUGGGUAUGUAGAUCAAGAGACUACCUUGCCAUUGUUCUUUAGGCAGUAUGAAAGGGCUUUAGAACAAAGUUUUAAGAAGGAAAUAGAAGCAGAUUUUGAUACAAUACGCUCCACACCAGUCUUGAAGACACCAUCACCUAUGGAGAAACAGGCAGCAAACCUUUAUACCCGGAGAAUAUUCAUGAAAUUUCAAGACGAAUUAGUUGAAACUUUCGCCUACACUGCAAAUAGAGAAAGGGGUGAUGGAUCAUUCGGCACAUUUAGAGUUGCAAAAUUUGAGGAUCAGCAGAAAGCAUACAUGGUCUCAUUGAACAUUCCUGAGAUGAGAGCAAGUUGCAGCUGUCAGAUGUUUGUAUACUCUGGAAUUCUUUGUAGACAUGUAUUGACAGUUUUCACUGUUACCAAUGUUCUUACACUGCCACCCCAUUACAUUGUGAAGCGAUGGACAAGACAUGCAAAAAAUGGGGCUGGCUCAGAUGAUAAAGGCAUCGAAGUGGAAGCUUCUGAGUCUUUGACCUCACGGUACAAUAUUUUGUGUCGGGAAGCCAUGAGGUAUGCAGAGGAAGGGGCAAUAUCUGUGGAAACAUAUAAUGCGGCAAUGAAUGCCAUCAGAGAGGGUGGGAAGAAGGUUGCUGUUACAAUGAAAAAUGUUGCGAGGGUUACACCCAAGUUGCAGGUCUGUGGAAGCCAGGAGGAUGGUAACAAGGAAAUACAUGUUCAGACAACGGAUAUGACUCCAUUAUUAUGGCCCCAGUUAGAAAAAGUAAAACCUCUACCACCUUGGUAUGGUUCAGAUUUGAAUCGAGUUCCAUGGAGGUCUCAUCAGGAUGAAGCAGCACAUAACUUCAACAAUAAUAGUUUUGGUGCUCAUACACCCACGCCUCAAAAAAGUCUUCCCUUCAUGGCCCCUCUAUCCCUUCAACAAGAUGAUGGCCCUCCUGAUAACACGGUUGUUCUUCCCUGUCUCAGGUCCAUGACUUGGUUCAUGGAAAAUAAGAACCUAAGGCCCGCCAAACGAAUUGCUGUCAUCAAUUUUAAGCUUCAAGACAAUAGCAAGGGUCCUUCAGGUGAGACAGAAGUGAAGUUUCAGCUCUCUAAAGUCACACUGGAACCCAUGCUUAAAUCUAUGACAUACAUUGGUCAGCAGUUGGCAACACCGGCCAAUCAGGUUGCCGUGAUAAAUUUGAAGCUUCAAGAUUCUGAGGCAAUUUCUGGGGAAAAAGAGGUGAAGUUUCAAGUCUCUAGAGAUACUCUUGGAGCUAUGCUACGAUCUAUGGCCUAUAUUCGCGAGCAACUUUUGAACAAUCAGGCUGAACCACAACUGCAGCCAUCCCUUAAGAAGCCGAGACAGUGAAAUAGGUGAAUGUGCUCCUUUGUACAUUAUUGGUAGAGUUAAGAGUGCCUUGGAAUCUUCUUUUAUGAGUUAGUUGAUUAUGUUUAUAAUGUCCACCACCUUAGUUGCUUUAAUUGAUUUGGGGAAUGAAUUCCCUUGGCUCAUGUUUAAUGAUCAUGUCAAAUGUUUUCCAGUGUAGCUUUCAGUGUUACUUUAACAUAUUUGGUCAAAACAGAAAUAAAACAUAAUAAGCCAUCAAGUUCUUUCUGGUUGCGGUGAUUUAAUAUCUUUGUACAGUUUGGAGUUUGUAACAUAAUUACCAAGCUCCUUUUUACUC